AUGACCAGCAGGAGAAAUAACAACCCACGAGUUGUUGGAGUUAAAUCAGAGAGUAAAAGUGUUUUUCUGUUCCUGCACCCGAGACGACAAAGUGAAAGUGAAAGUACACUGAAGGUACGACGGCGGCUGCGGAGCAUACCUGUGAUUAUUCUGCUGCUCUGCAAUGGGUUGCUUUAUUUCCUGGCCUCGUUCUUAUUUACCUCCUGCCUCGUUCUAGGUGCUGAACCGCCUACAAAAUAUGUCCUCAAGGGGACGGGGGAGAGCUUGAAGCCGACCUUUUCUGGACAACCAAAUUCAAUUCUGUGGAGACAUAACGGAAACAAAGUGGUGGAGUUUGACAGCAGAGAGGAACAGGUGUACGGAGCGUACAAAAACAGGAUCACUCUCGACUGGGCCACAGCAGAGCUCGAAAUCACCGGCCUGAAGUUUGAAGACAGAGGACUCUAUGAAGUGGAAGUCGACAUCGACAACAUUUUCUAUCUGUCAGAAUUCAAACUGGAGGUCAUAGACAAGGUUGCCCGGCCGACCAUAUCUUGUGAGAUAAACAAAGACGGUGGCUCCGAUGUUUCUGAGGUCCGGGCGACGCUGCUGUGCUCUGCAGACCCCACCCCACCUGAGUCCAUGAUGAAGUUUAAAUGGAGAGCACGGGGAAAAUCACAACUGGGACACAAGUUUAAUAUUUCUCUGGGAGACGAACGAGAUAACGAAGAAUACAGCUGUUCAGUCAGCAACCCUGUGAGCAGUGAGACGGCGACAUUCACAGCAAAGUAUUGUUAUCACGGUGCUGAACCGCCUACAAAAUAUGUCCUCAAGGGGACGGGGGAGAGCUUGAAGCCGACCUUUUCUGGACAACCAAAUUCAAUUCUGUGGAGACAUAACGGAAACAAAGUGGUGGAGUUUGACAGCAGAGAGCAGGAGGUGUACGGAGCGUACAAAAACAGGAUUACUCUCGACUGGGCCACAGCAGAGCUCGAAAUCACCAGCCUCAAGUUUGAAGACAGAGGACUCUAUGAAGUGGAAGUCGACAUCGACAACAUGUUACGUCUGUCACAAUUCAAACUGGAGGUCAUAGACAAGGUUGCCAUGCCGACCAUAUCUUGUGAGAUAAACAAAGACGGUGGCUCCGAUGUUUCUGAGGUCCGGGCGACGCUGCUGUGCUCUGCAGACCCCACCCCACCUGAGUCCAUGAUGAAGUUUGAGUGGAGAGCACGGGGAAAAUCACAACCGGGGCACAAGUUUAAUAUUCCUCUGGGAGACGAACGAGAUAACGAAGAAUACAGCUGUUCAGUCAGCAACCCUGUGAGCAGUGAGACGGCGACAUUCACAGCAAAGGAUUGUUAUCACGAUAAUUCAUCUGUAGCUGUGGCUGUCAGUCUGGCUGUCGUUGGUUUAUUUGGUUUAAUCGUACUUGUGUUGAUCAUCUUCUUCUGCAAAAAGAGACAAAAAGCAUGUUUUGCUAAAGGACAACAGGAUGAUGAGGAGAAACAGACUGAAGGUCACCUGACAACAGAGAGGAUAUUCUGGUGUGCAGAGCUUGGUUCAAGUGAAUCUCUUACUGAAACGCUUCUGUCUGAUCCGCGACUCAAUGUGAGCUACCUUCCAGGGAAUGUCAUGAAGAUGGUACGUGAACUAAACAGACGGGCUGGUCAAGAACCUGUUGUAGAUACGGAGCCACGAAAAGGUUUCGUCAAAGAGAAGAAAGAACAGUUUGAAAAAAAGGCUAAAGAACCUCAACAGCCUCAAAGCAUAACAGAGCCAGAGAAGAAUCUAGGUAUGGGUGAGAAAGCAUCGACUGACCCACCCACAGAUCAAACCUCUCCUACUCUUGCCAACUCAAGUCCCCCAAAGACUGAGAGAGGUCCAGAUGAGGACCCUGAGGACCCUGCUGGAGUUUAAAAGAACAGGUCUGACUCAGAUGAGGUCAAUAAAGACACUCAAGAUGAAUCUGACUCACAAACUGAUCCAUCAGGUACGCAACAGAACAGAAAUGAAUCAGACAAAUCCUCUGUGAACAAGUCGUCCAGUGUUCCUCAUGAGGAAGGUUCAAAUACGACAUCACAAGAGCAAGAAUCUGCCAUGCCAAAGGAAGAAGAAUCCACAGAAGAAGCUAAACUGGAUCCUCCAGCUGAAGAAACAUCCAAUUUAAUGAGUAAUGGAGAAGAAAUAGAUGAGAAACAGCAUUUAGCCAACUCAACAGAAGUGAACACCAGCAACACUGUCACAUUAAAAAAGGCUUCAGACACUCCACAUGCAGAUUCAGAGUCUGAGGGGCAGAGCAGGCAGGACUCAGGUGAGAGGGGGGGGGCAGGCAGAGGCAGAUCAAGGUGAGGGGGGAAAUGAUGAAGAUAAAGAAGAGGAUCAGGGUGGUCCAGAAGAUGAAAAGUCAGACGAUGAGAGCACUAGUGAGGAUAAAGACAAACAACAGAAAGAUGGAGUGAUCGCUUAGGCCUUAGGAGAAAAUAUGUGGCAAGAGAAAGUGAAGAAGUAAGUCCUCUAUCUCUUUAUGUUACAUGUUUGUUUUUUGACAUAUUUUGUAGGAAGAGACGCCCACAGUACCAGAAGAUUAUCUCAAAGAAAACAAGUUUUUCAUUUGCACUAGUUGUUACCUUUCUUUCCUUUUUUUUAAAUGAAUAACUUCAUUAAUAUUAUGAAUGUUUUGUGUGUGACUAACUGAAUCCUACAUGUAUUUUUUUAAAGAUGUUUCAACUAAUAAUGCUUCAUGAAUGUUUUUAAAAAUAAGAGAAAUGUUUAUUUAAUUAUUAGUUUAACAGCACUAAUGUUUCUGAUGUCAUGCUCGAACCUUUUGAGGUAACAUGAGAGACACGACAAGGAACAGAAAAAAAACACUGUUUUUAAUCAUUAGACAAACUUUGUGGUGUAACAGAAUAAUAUACGACUUAUUGAACAUCCAGCUACUGUGUCAAAGAAUCUGAUCACACUGAAGGUGUAUUCAUAAAGAAUGUUUCAGUCAGAUAUUUGUAUUAACUUGUACUGCCAUUUAUUUUUAAAGAGACAAGUUUGUGUCUGCUAAUGAAACUGCUGUGAGGAUAAUAUUUGAAGAUUUCUCAGAGCUCAGGGUAUAACUGUCACGACUUUUUGUGCUUUCUUGCAUUAAAUUAGGCGCUUUAGGGAACAGCAGUAUAAGUUUUUAUGAUGAAUGUUUUCCAUUGGUCAUUGAACUGAUUGUUAAAAGCUAAUGUGAUUAUUCUAUUUACUGUUUUCUCUCUUACAAAAAAACACUCAGUCACUUACUUUUCAAGAAAUGCUGUAAUGGUACUGUACAUUUACAGAAGGUCAUUUUAAAGCUGUGAGUAAUGAAAAUGAUUUACAGUUUGAAAUGAUUGUUGUAAAGAAACAUAAAGUAAUUUGUUUGUUCUUCC